CUCGCCGAGUCUCCGGCCAAUUAUUAUGGACGACUUGUAAGCUUCAUAGCAGCACUCAACAGCCCAUUCGUCUUUUUUCUUUCAUUCCGGAGAGUAUCCGGGGUUCUGUGUUUAAAUCAGAUACCACAUGACUCUCUUCAUGGAUGUCAUCUGUCUUGAAUCAUGUUCCGAGCCGCUCGGGGGUGUCUUCUCUGAGAGCGGCGCACUUGCUCAGAAGUCGUCCCUGGCAAAAGGCAAGCCGUCACAAUAGUCCCUCUCUCGCUAUAUACAAGACCAAAUUGUCCAGCAAUGCUUCUCACGGGCCCUUAUCUUCAUUCCGGUUCUUGACCUCCGACAGCAGCAUCGCUUCGUCAGAGAUUGAGUUGCAGCAUGACCAACAAAAUGAAAGUUAUCAAAACUCAAGCCCUAUCAGUGAACCGUGGAGGAGGAUACGGCUUGAGUCCCAUUUGAACAAACACUAUUCGCCCUCUGAUUUGAAUCACACACGGGUGUCAGAACCAAAUGAGUCUUGCUCGGAAACAAGUCAAUUGGGGAAAGGAGGCUUUAUUUGGGGGUUGGAAACGCAGGCAAAGUCCGAAGGGCGUGAUACGAAGAAAAGGGCUGCUAAGAAUACUCGCUCAAAAUCAAAAGUUGCUCGAUCCUCAAUUCCGACACCCACCGAGUACCUUAACAAUGCUCUUCGUACUCGUCGUGAACAGAGACCAGACCUCUCCAGGCCCAGCCAGGGAGGCUACCGUCCCGAUUCUCCUCGAAAACCGAAAAAGAUACCGAAACCUCCGAGGAUGUCUUUGCAGGCCAUUCUUGCCGAUUACAUACGACUCGUGGAACCUCUCCUGGCACAGACGAGUAACAUGGACAAUGCCGGGCCUGGAUUGACUAGUGCAAUGAAUGAGGUUUUUUGCGAAGGGCAUAUCAGAUAUCUAACAGUGCGAGGCUAUUCUCCUGUGGAUGUAAUGUCAUGGGCAUGGAUCUUCAGUAGCAACACAGUCUAUGAAGCAGUUCUUCGAAUCUUCAUACUACAAGGCGACCACAGAACCAAACAUGGUCCUGUUCAAGAAGUCCCGCCAUUUAUACCGCUGCUUCUAUUACGGCAUAAAAGCCUCGAUGCGAAAACUCUCCGAUUACUCCUCAUUUAUUCUAUUCAUCUUUUAAACGGCCAGCCACUUCCAGCCGUUCAUUCCUCCAUCAAACCGGCCUCUGACGGCAUGGACCUUCCCAAAAUACAACCAUCCGAACCCGCAAGACCUCCAGUUGAUCCUACCAUGUGUACCACCUUUGUCGUUCGCUUGCUUUAUCAUGCUCGCCAAGUGUGGCCCCAAGCACAGCUAGCGAUUGCUCGUGCAUUUGCUAUAUAUUUGACUCUUCCAGACCCAAAGGAAAGCAGUUCAGUAAUCGCCACCCAAAAAAUGAACCAAUUCCGGGCUGAGAAGUUCAACACGUGUCUUUGGCUACUCUCAUUGCCUUCAAAGCCGGGUCCAUUUAUGUCGGCCUCCAUACAGCAAGAAGCACAGUUUGAACUCCUUAAGGCGAUGGCAGGACAUACACCUGCUCUCCCGGUUACGCGACGCGGAUACCAAGGUGUUGUUGCUGUUCAAUUAGCUCAUAAAAAGACAUCAGCUGAACGGCAGUCUGCAGAGCUGAAAGCCCCAUCUUGGCCGCCAUGGAAAGAAGAAAGGCUGGGAAUCGAUUCUCAACGAGGGAUUGAAGGAAUGAAAAGUCGUGCGAUGCGGGUCAUGUCUCAAAUGAAGGAGGCUGGCUAUUCUCAUACUCGGUGGGAAGAGGUUUCUACUAUUCUGGCGGGAUGGGACACAGAUCAAAGCCCGACAGUUCAAACCAGAUCUCUGACGCGCCGACCGCAGUCUUUGUCAGGCCCUCGUGGGAGCAAACCCGGACAUCAAUCGAUAUGGGUAGCUCGGAUUCGUGCCACAAGAACUGUACGGGAAGCCUGGGCAUGCUUUUUGUCGUACCAAGACCAGGGCCUCCCACCAUCUGGUGCUAUGUAUGCCAUCAUGGCCGAGAAACUGAUUUUCCGUAGAAAAGCAGUCGAGGGCUAUUUUGACGAAAAUAGCCAUGCCCUUCCUGGUGAUGGCCCAGAAGUCUUCCCUGAACCCUCCUCUGCUCGCGAUCUGAUAUAUGUACCCACGGAACCACCAACGUUAGAUGAGCUUCUCAACCAAAUGCUUUCUCAGGGGAUCCGACCAUCAGGGCGAUUCCUGGCCUUGCUUCUCAGAUCCGCAUCCAGUUUCAGUGUUGGGCUAGACUACCUCAAUUGCAGCAAUCUCUCGGACAACCAAAUCCAAGCUUUGUCUACUGUGUGGGGCCAGCAAUCAGACUACAAUACCCAAGCUCGAAAGGCUUUGAACGAAUUGCCAGACUACCUGUUCUCGUCCUUCAUAAGCUUCUUAUGCAAUUGCUCGGAUUUCAAUCGGUUAUAUUUGGCCCGCCACAAUAUCCGUACCGCAGAUCUCUUCCCCGUGAUAAUGAGCGACUACCACACCAUACCUUCGAAAACGACCACGUUAUCCUCAUAUGUUGAAAGUUUAGGAGCAAGUGAUGAUCUCCAUCAUCCCAAGACUCUACCGCAUGCAGUUCAACUGAUAAAGCUGCGACAUUCCCGCUAUCCUCCAGCUUGGAUUCAUCUGUUAUCGGCGCUCAGCAAGGAUCGCAUUAGUGUGCCAUAUCGUAAAAUGAGCCGAGGUGUGCAGCGAGUUCUUGCCUGGCACGAAGUCAUCGAGGUUAUGAGGUGGAUGAAAGAUCGUGAUGUUGAACCCGGCUUACAGGGAUUCCAUCUUCUUUGCACCAGCUUUUCGAAGGCAGUGGUUGCAGGAGUGAGGCAUCCAGAUGCCGCAGAAGAGGGACUUGAUCUCGUGAGCGAAGCAUCGCAACGCCGGGGGUCCUGGCACGCCGAGCAUGUUUGUCUAAGCUUCGAUGACAUGGUUCAAACAGGGCUCUGCACCCUGAAAGACUAUUUUGAUCAGCUUGUUCUCCCCGAUGCGAAGACCUCACACAUUGUUGAACGCAGCAUGACCUCAGUUGAGACUGCCACCAAUUCCCAAGUGACAGUCCCCCCAAUGCUCCAUGUUCCUUCUCCCGCUGUUCUACACGCAUUCGUCCGCGCACUGGGACUAGCUGAAGACCAUGAUGGUCUCUUAAACCUUCUUCGGUGGAUGAGUCAAUCGGCAACCACCCUGAAGGAAGCUUCGGAUGAAUAUCUGAAUGGCGAGAGAAUGAUGCGGCGUACCCUAGUGGCCAUACGGGUGUUCCUCGAGGGAUCAAAGGAAAGAAGGUUUCUAGGAUCAUCCAACCCGUCAUAUUUCAAUGACUCUGAAGUGGUUUCAUUUUCAGAUCCGAACGUGCAAGAAGCAUAUGAUAUCUUCACAGCAACGCCUCUUUGGGGUUCUUGGCCAAGCGAAGAGGAAGUCUGGGAUUAUGUUCACUGGGAGCACCCGGUGCAAUGAUUGAUUGAAGGGACAAUCUUGUAUAUUACCAUGUAUAUAUAAAUAUUUUGUAAAAGCUAGUUUCAUCAAAUCACCAUGAUACCCUUUCAAGAUUUAGAUUGAGAGGUUGGAUGUAUCUUAUGUAGAGGCGCUUAGCCACGGCAA